AUGGAUUCACAACAGCUUUUCAGUUCUGGUGUUGCUAGUGCAGGAUUACCUUACAUGUCAUCUUUUCCCACAGUUCCAUCCCUACCCAACAGGCUGCUUGGACCCUUGAAAUAUGACACAGGAAACUCACCUAAUUCACCCUUUUCCACUUACUUUGAUUCUGACACCCUUUCUGCAUUGAGUGACGGCAAGGACCAAUACAGCCCCGGAGAAAUCCUCUCUUCACUGGAAACCAAUUAUUAUAUGUAUGGAUCAAUCUCAUCUGUGGACGGGCUCAUAGACAAUUUUCCACUAUAUUCUGCGAGGAGCUCUCUUCUACAGAAUGUGAAUUGUAAUCAGAAAAUCCAACACGCUUUGCUGGAGCUAGAAACUGCUCUGAUGGCCCCUGAUGAUGAUCAAGCUAACACACCAAAUACUUUGGCUGACGGCAGCAGGCCAAUGGCAUCUGGCCAGAGAUACAGGUCCUGGAACCAUGAGAACCAUGGCUCACAAUAUACUCAAACUCAGCCAUCAUGUGUUCCUAGCAGUUGGCUAUCAAGUGAAGUUGUGCAUGCAGAGAAACGGCAAAAGUUGAUAGAGGAACCAUCACUACAAGCUUUCCCACCAAACAAUUUGAAGCAAUUGCUGAUUGCAUGUGCCAAAUCCCUUUCUGAAAACAACAUGAAAGAUUUUGAUCAAUUGGUAGCAAAGGCCAGAGAUGCCGUGUCCAUCAAUGGGGAGCCAAUCCAGAGGCUUGGUGCUUACAUGGUAGAAGGGCUUGUUGCAAGGAAGGAAACAUCAGGGAAGAACAUCUAUCAUGCCCUUAGUUGCAGAGAGCCUGAAGGUGAAGAAUUACUCUCUUACAUGCAACUUCUGUUUGAGAUCUGCCCCUACUUAAAAUUUGGUUACAUGGCUGCCAAUGGAGCCAUUGCGGAAGCCUGCAGAAACGAGGAUCGCAUACACAUCAUAGACUUCCAAAUUGCUCAGGGAUCUCAAUGGAUGACUCUUCUUCAAGCCCUUGCAGCGAGACCUGGUGGUGCUCCCCAUGUUAGGAUCACGGGGAUUGAUGACCCUGUUUCUAAAUACGCUCGUGGCGACGGAUUAGAGAUGGUUGGGAAAAGGUUGGCCUUGAUGUCUGAGAAAUUUGGCAUCCCAGUUGAGUUUCAUGGAGUGCCUGUUUUUGCUCCAGAAGUGACAAGGGAAAUGCUUGAUAUCAGGCCUGGAGAGGCCUUGGCUGUGAACUUCCCCUUGCAGCUCCAUCACACAGCCGAUGAGAGUGUUCAUGUGAGUAACCCAAGGGAUGGACUAUUGAGAUUGGUAAAGUCACUUGCUCCCAAGGUGACCACACUGGUGGAGCAGGAAUCAAACACCAACACAACCCCUUUCUUCAACAGGUUUAUUGAAACCUUGGAUUACUACUUGGCGAUCUUUGAGUCUAUUGAUGUCACUCUCCCAAGAGAUAGCAAGGAACGGAUCAAUGUGGAGCAACAUUGCCUGGCCAGGGAUAUAGUGAAUAUUAUUGCUUGUGAAGGCAAGGAAAGGGUUGAGAGACAUGAACUAUUAGGCAAGUGGAAAUCCAGGUUAACAAUGGCUGGCUUCAGUCAGUGUCCUUUGAGCUCUUAUGUGAAUUCUGUCAUAAGGAGCCUUCUGAGGUGCUAUUCAGAACAUUAUACUCUAGUGGAGAAGGAUGGAGCCAUGUUGUUGGGUUGGAAGGACAGAAAUCUGACAUCAGCUUCAGCCUGGCAUUGCUGA